AUGGGAAAGAAGGCUCUGACUAAUAUAGACAUUGGUAUUUUACUUGUGCAGGUGAAACAUGAAGAAAUCAAUGAGAUAAAGGAAGUCCAACAAGUAUUGAAAUCAGACUCAAACAUGGAUCUCAUCAUGCAACAACUGCCAAUGAAUCCUGAAGAAAUAUACAAGGGAUCCGAAAAUGGAGAAAAUGGUGAAAAGUUGUUUUCCCUCAAUGAAGUGAACGGAAAGAAAUAUCUUAUGCUUUCAGCAAAGGCGGCUGUUUACAACUAUUCUGAUGUGAAGCUUUUCAAAACAAAACCAUCAACUCAAACCAGAUUUGCAGAGGUGAUUGAGCUUCUACCACAACAAGUAUUUCAUAUCAAUUGCACCAUUAAAAGUCAAAUGUUAUCACAAGAUACAGAGUAUGCAUGUCACCUUGUCUUCAAACUUUUAGAGAAAUGCCACGGGCUGUAUUGUCCUGUGAAGGUACGAGAUCUACUCCACAGGAACAACAAAGAGGUUGGGAUUGUUUAUUUAAGAUCCCCAACCCCAUGGAAUUUACAUGAUACCAAUCAAGCCCCAAAACAUAGAGCAUAUGGAUGGAUGGAGGUUAAGGUCUGGAAAUUCAACUUAAAUCAUGAACUCAUAAAAAAUGAUGGUUUUCGUGUGAAUUUGAAGUUAAUUUGUUAUGAAGGGACUUUGUCUGGCCUUAUUGUAUGUGGCCUUGAGUUUUGGCCGACGUAA